AUGGAUGCUACCUCUUUGGAACGUGAUCCAGGAUUACGUCCACAAAUAUGGGAAUUUCCUACUAACCUACAAGAUGAGAUCCGACGUGCCUAUCUUAAAGCUGGUCCAUAUCAACCUAAACUUUCAGAAUAUCCAUUUUCGGGAAUAGGCAAUCAACAUCGUCGAUUUCAAUUUUCUUGGUUUCAAAGAUAUUCAAAUUGGUUGGAGUACUCACCAUCGAAGAAUGCUAUAUUUUGUCUUCCAUGCUACAUUUUUGCUAAGAAAUCAACAGGCCGUCCAGGAUCAGAUGUAUUUACCAUUAAAGGUUUUGACUAUUGGAAAAAAGUGAAUGAUGGAAUGAAUUGUCCUUUAAUAGGACAUGUGGGAAGAGAUCCAAAUUCACCACAUAAAAAUGCUGUAAAAUGUUGUGAGGAUCUAAUGAAUCAGUCAAGACAUAUUGACAAGUUAGUUGAAAAACAAGUAUCACAAGAUAUGGAGAAUAAUCGGUUGCGGCUCAAAACUUCGAUAGAAAGUGUUCGAUGGCUUACGUUCCAAGCUUGUGCUUUUAGAGGUCAUGAUGAAAGCUCUGACUCAAAAAAUCAAGAUAACUUUAUUAAACUGAUAAAAAUUUUGGCAAGUUAUAAUGAUCAAGUUAAUGAAGUUGUCUUGAAAAAUGCUCCACAGAAUGCCAAAUAUACAUCACCCAAAAUUCAAAAGGAAAUUUUGCAUAUAUUUGCAAAUAACGUACGGAAUGUGAUUCGCGAAAAAAUCGGGGAUGCCAAAUUUUGUAUUCUUGUUGACGAAGCUCGGGAUGAGUCUAAAAGAGAACAAAUGGCUAUCAUUUUGAGGUUUGUUGAUAAAGAUGGUUUUAUUAGAGAGCGAUUUUUUCAUAUUGGAUAUGAUGGAGGAAGUAAUAUGCGCGGUGAAUGGAAUGGAUUACAAGUUUUAUUUCUGAAAGAUUGUCCCUAUGCAUAUUAUGUGCAUUGUUGGGCUCAUAAACUACAAUUAGCUUUAGUUGCAGCCUCUAGAGAAACCAAACAUGUUCAUCGGUUUUUCGUCCAUUUGACAUCCAUUAUCAAUAUUGUUGUUGGUUCUUCUAAACGUCAUGAUGAAUUACAAUCUGCUCAAGCUGCUGAAAUUGAAAGUUUGAUUGCUUCCAAUGAGAUUGAGACUGGAAAAGGGGCAAAUCAAAUUGGUACGCUACAACGAGCUGGAGAUACUAGAUGGGGAUCUCAUUUUCAAUCUAUUUGUAGCUUGAUGAGGAUGUUCAGUGCUACUUGCUCAGUUAUCAAUACUAUCUCAAAUGAGGGAUCAAAUUAUUCUCAACGUGGUGAUGCUGAAGCAGCUUACAUGGUAUUAACAUCUUUUGAAUUUAUUCUGAUAUUAUAUAUGAUGAAAAAAAUCAUGGGAAUCACUAAUGCACUUUGCCAAUCUUUGCAACAAAAUUUUCAAGAUAUUGUGAAUGCCAUGAGCCUAGUUUCAACCACAAAAAUGCUCAUUCAAAAUCUGAGAGAUGAUGGGUGGGAGUCUUUGCUUACUGAUGUUAUAUUAUUUUGUGAAAAACACCAAAUUGAUAUUCCUGAUAUGAAUGGCCAAUAUACAAGAGCUAGAGGCAAAUCUCGUCAUCUAGUUGACAAGUCAAUGGAGCAUCAUUUUAUGAUUGAUAUAUUUACUGCUACAAUAGACUUUCAGUUACUAGAAUUGAAUAAUAGAUUUAACGAGAAUACAAUGGAACUUCUCAUUCUUAGUGCUGCUUUAAGCCCUAAAGGUGCAUACAAAUCAUUUAAAAUUGAUGAUAUAUGCAAAUUGGUUGAGAAGUUUUAUCCACAAGAUUUUACUGAGCAAGAAAAAUUCCUUUUGAGAAUUCAAUUGCAACAUUAUGAGCUUGAUGUGCUGAUGCAUCUAGAUUUUCAAGAUAUGUCUACAUUAUCUGAGCUAUGCAGAGAACUAGCAAUUUCAGAAAAGUCAAAGAUUUAUUAUUUGAUUGACAGGUUAAUUCGUCUAGUAUUAACUCUUCCUUUUUCUACUGCUACUACUGAGGGAGCAUUUUCUGCCAUGAAACUUAUAAAAAUUAGAUUGCGUACUCGAAUGGAAGAUGAGUUUCUUGCAGAUCAUUUGCUAGUUUAUAUUGAGGAAGAAAUUGCCAAGAAUUUCACUUCGGAGAUGAUAAUGAAUGAAUUUUAUUCUAUGAAAGAUCGUCGUCGAGCUUAA